GUUCAGAUCUCCCAGUGAGCUGCAGCAGCUGUCCUGCACCUCCUGAUCCUGCAACAGAGACUUACAGUCAGGGGAAGGCAGUAUGGCAAGCCCAAAGGAUCAAAAAUCCUCAGGAAAAGCGGGCAUGGCAGACUCUCGCCUGCACAUGUACUACAGAUGAUAAUAAUUAUUUGAGAUAUUUAAAUGUUUGUUUCACUACUACAAUACAUACCAAAAAAUAAAGAAAGUUUAAUUUUAACAUUUUCCUUUAGGAUUUAAUGUGGACAUUGGCAGGAGGGGAAAUUUGAUUAUUCAGCAUUCUUUUCUCUGUUUUUUUAGAUUUGGUCUCCAGACAGAUUCAUAAAACAAGAGCAUUUGGGCAAACUAUUUUUUUUUCUUUUAGAAUAACCAUCAACUGGUGAAGGAUGCGGCUCCGAAGAGCGGCAGAGGAGGAGAGGGAGCGUCCGCCUCCACCUCCCUCCCACCACUCCAACCACCAGUUCACCAGCAUGAAGAACAAGUUCUUCAAUGAGCUCACACAUCUGCCAAAUCAUAAACUCAAAAUGCCCAUGUGGGCAGUGGGUGCCAUUGUGGUGGUGGUCCUCGCUCUUGUCGGCUGUCUGGGAUUCUGCAUUUACAAGAAGUGCAUCAACAAAGGCAAAAAGCCCAAGAAGGCCAGAGAAAGGAAGGGAGGUCGAGGACGCAGGAAGAAGGAUAAAGAGGGAGAAGAAGGAGAGGAGAAAAAGGAGGGAGAAGAAGGGAAGGAGGAGGAGGAGAAGGAGUUCUUUGGAAAACUGGAGUACUCUUUGGAUUAUAACUUUACUGAUAACCAGCUCAUAGUGGGCAUCCUUCAGGCUCAAGACCUACCAGCCAUGGACAUGGGGGGCACUUCUGACCCCUACGUCAAAGUCUACAUGUUACCAGACAAGAAAAAAAAGUUUGAGACUAAAGUCCAACGCAAGAACCUCUGCCCCGUCUUCAAUGAGACGUUUACCUUCAAGAUACCCUACAGUGAGUUGGGUGGUCAGACUUUGGUGCUACAGGUCUUUGACUUUGAUCGUUUUGGAAAACAUGAUGUCAUUGGUGAAAUAAAGAUCCCCAUGAAUAGUAUUGACCUUGGACAACCAAUACAUGAAUGGAAGGAUUUGGUUGGAGGAGAAAAAGAGGAGCAAGAGAAAUUGGGUGAUAUCUGCAUUUCCCUGCGUUAUGUCCCAACGGCCGGCAAGCUAACAGUUAAUAUAAUGGAAGCCAAGAAUCUGAAGAAGAUGGAUGUGGGAGGACUGUCAGAUCCUUUUGUGAAGGUGGUGCUGCAGCACAACGGCAAGAGACUCAAGAAAAAGAAGACAUCCGUCAAACAAAAUACCCUGAAUCCUUAUUUCAAUGAGAGCUUCAGCUUUGAGAUUCCCUUCUCUCAGAUCCAGAAAGUGCAGGUUCUCAUCACAGUCUAUGACUACGAUAAGCUGGGCAGCAACGAUCCCAUCGGCAAAUGCUGGAUUGGUUACGGGGCCUCCGGCGUCGGGCUGCGCCAUUGGUCAGACAUGUUGGCCAACCCCAGGCGUCCAGUGGCCCAGUGGCACACGCUGCUGCCUGAAGAGGAGGUGGAUGCUGCUCUGAAGGCCCCCAUCCGCUGAGCACAACCUUGUUGUAAGAAGCUUCCUGUCAAAAAGCGUAGGUCUUUAAACAGAAGACAGAACUUGACUAGAAACUUAAAUAUUUUUAACAAACUGUUGGAUGUUUCCAUUGUAAUAACUUACUUUGGGAGUCUGUAUGUGAUUAUUCAAGCUGUCUGAAGGAAUUAAGAUCAUUUACAUAUUUGCUUAAACGUGUUGCCACAGAUUUCUGUUAAUUAUUAAAAAAAAUCGUUUUGAAAAUAGUAAUUAUUUCUCUUUUUUCUUUAAAACAAGUUCAAACAGAGUAAGUAAAACAAAAUGUUAUAAUUAAGGUUUUAUGUAAAUUAUUGUACUAUUUUUCUUGUUCAGUACAAUUUAUUUUUUUCUUCUUUUCUUUAACAUACCCUUUAACCUUUGAAAGGCUAAUACAUGUCUUAAAAUUACUUUCUGGAAGAAAAUUGAAAACAUCCAGAAACAAGCUUUUUGCUACUUUUUACUGCAUAUCAUGUUUGUGUUUACUUAUCAGACCAUUCAGACUGGAUUUGUUCAGUCACUUUUCUUGUGAUUGUUUAUUUGUACCAAUUGUGGUUUUGUUUCUGUCAUCAGUGUUUAAAUGUGAGAACAUCCCGUCGAGUGUUUCUGUUGUUUGGAAGAGUGGCUAUUGCUCCUAAAAUGUAAACUGGUUUGCUGUUUUAUUGUUUAUUGAAAAUAGAGCAGUAAAUAAACAUGUGACGGAUGGUU